AUUGAAUUUUUAGAGAAUUCUAGGGUUUGUGAAGAUUUGUAACUUAAAAUUUGGACCGCAAAUUUUGUGGGUAACUCUUGUACUCUUGAAUCAAUUCUUGUUAUGUCGGCUGAUCACUGUGGUUCUAGCCUACUUCGAGCUCUACCAGACGAUGUAUUUGCAAUCAUCUCUCAUUCCCUCUCUCCGAGGGACCUCUGCAACCUCAGUCUUUGCUGUCGGAGCCUUUAUGAUCUUGCAUCUUCUGACAAGGUCUGGCUCUCCCAGUGUGAGAUGGUAGGUGUGAUUGCUGGUCAAGAUCUUGUGGAAUGGCGCAAUGGUGUGUCCUCUUACAAUGCUCUCUGUAGGUUUCUUGUUAGUGUUCGACCCUUGAUUGGCAUCUGGGUACACCAGAACCCAGAGCUUGGAAAUGUAGUUUAUGUGAUGCCUGGUUUUGUAUCUGUUGUUGGGUGCCGAAUCAUCCCUCAAGAGCUUGGCCCAUUGGGGCUUGAAGAUGGCCCUAUCUUAUGGGCACCUGUUUUUGAGAUUGUUAGUGAUUCUGAUGGCUCUACGGCAUUCUUCUUACAUGGGCGAGAGAAGGAUACUAAUUACUUCUAUCCUGGUCUACUCAAGCCUGUUGAUAGAGCCUGCAAUGUGCUCUCGCUUGAGGUAGAGCCACAGCAGCAGUGUUGUGGGGGGAAAUUGUUGCAUAGUAAGAUCAGUAGGUCUGAUAAUGGAAUUUCAAAAUCACAGAGAUUAAUUGGAACUCACCAGCCUGUGGUACCAUUCAGUAGAUUGGCUUUUGGUGACAGAAGGAAACUGCUCGAGGUAGUUACCAACUUGGUUCGCUUAAAGGUCCCUGAUACGGAAAAUGAGCCUCUGUUUCCUUGCUUAAGAGAUGAUGAGGUAAACUUUCAGAAGGAUAUGGUGCUCUUGUCUGAGCGCCGUUCAAUGCUAAUGCGGAUGUACAAGCUUGGUGAGGGCCGUAUUGAUUGGGAGUCUGCACCUCGACUCCCUUCUGAUCCUAUUUGGAUGGAAUUGAACAAGAUCAAGAAGACUCUUGAUGCUUCAGGUGCCUGGUGCGGUUCUGUCAAUGGGAAGGAGGGUCACUCACAGAGUACAAAGAGGAGAACUGUAGCUGGGUAUUUUAAGGAUAGCCUGAAACAGAUUCUUGGGAGGUCCGGCUCCAUCAAUGAUCGUGCAAGUUCAAGAAACGGUACUUCGAGCAGUGAAACUAAAUACGCACAUCUUCAUGAGUUCCUAAGGUCAGGUGACACAAUUGGGCUGAGCUUACAUGCUUGUACUAUGAAGUUAUCUACUUACCGAGCAUGGCCAAACAUGCCCGACAACCGGUUUGCCCUGUACAAGUUGCCUGUGAGGAUCCCAAAAGCUGGUGAAGAGUAUUCAGGCCUGUGGGGUGGCACCUUUGGCUGGCCUCCCGAGAGGCCUGCCGAAGAUAAGCCUGGAAAAGCUCUGUUCUUUCUUUUGCUUUCUUAUGAAGAGUCUGAAGGUCAGCGACUUCUCAUUGCCACCAAAAUAUUAGAAGGCACCCAUUAUGUCCUUCAUCCCAAUGGGUCGGCGAUGUUUAUUGUAAAGGUUGACGAACCUUCAUCGGAUCCAUUCCCUUGGGAUACUGAUGGAGAUUCCAUACCCAUGGAGGUGAAACAUUCUUAUAACGGGGAGGGUAUUGCAAAUGGGUACGGUUUCAGAUAUCCUGGCGCUAAGCCUGGUUCACUAUUUGUGAUUCAAAAUGAAGUCCUUGCAUUCAUCUGGAAAGAAUCCAGAGCUGUCCUGACCUUGCAGAGGCUUGACCUACAAGAGCUCCUUAAGAAAGGUGAAAGGGUGCCUACUUUGCCUCCUGUUGCUAACUUUUCCUAUUUGACAAAGUCAUAUUCAAAUGUGUUCGCAAGCUUUUCAAACACCUCAUAUUGCUUGUCUUCACCAAGGUAAUAUCAUUCAUCGGAUCAUAUGGACUUGGAAUGCAGUAGACAUGUACGGGCUUUGGUGCAUGUUCAUGUUGUCUCCGUUUAUGAAUGGAAUCAUUUGCAUGGAAACUCCACCACAGCAGUUGUUAUUCAAAGGGCAUUAACAUGGGUUCAUCCUCUGAGCAAUUUAUUCCUGUCAACAAUCUGUCACCUAUUGAUGACAAAGUGCUGUUCACAACGGCCACGAUGAUGUUGAGAAAGCUCCCCUGGGAAAUCUAUUUUAGUUAAGUGUAUGGUGAAGUAAUCUUUUGUAUAUUUGAUGUGAUCCUGCCUUAGAGAUUUAGGGUAUACAUAUGAAAAUAAAAACCGAAUAUUUGUAUCCCACAUGAUCAGGGAUCAAUUAAUGCUCGAUAUAAUAAAGGUGAUUAUUUUGUUUUGACUGUAGCACUUCUUAGGGAACCAAAGUUAUUGUCGUGGUUCAGUUGUGUGCUUGAUACUCAGCUUGUUAUGCUUUGGAGUCAUCUGAAACUUCCAUCUGUA